AUCUAAAUCGGAAGUCGUUUUGUUAUGGCUGUUAGCCGAACAAAGUCGUCAUGUUUGUACCGUGUAGUUAGCACUGCUGGUCAUGUAGCUACAUACAAGCUUAUGUAAAUGCUGCAGUUUUUACACAGAGUGUCUCUAUUUUUAACCAUGAACAGGACCCAGCUGAAGCGGUCCAGUAUCCUGAGGAUGGCUCUAGCCGGCUCGGAAACGAUGUACCCGGACGGCCAUGGAGAGACGUUCAUACUCCGGGCCGUCCGGAUAGGAGCUGUGGUUGCACUGUACUGGUUUGUCUCCAUAACAAUGGUGUUCCUCAAUAAUUAUCUGCUGGACAACCGAGAAUUGGACGCACCAUUGUUUGUCACGUUUUACCAAUGUUUGGUGACUGUGGGACUGUGCUGGCUCAUGCAGCUGCUGUCCAAAGUGUGCCCGGGUCUCAUCGACUUCCCGUCGGUCAAAUUUGACUUGAAGACGUCCCGGGAGGUCCUUCCGCUGUCCAUUGUGUUCAUCAGCAUGAUCACCUUCAACAACCUGUGCCUGAAACAUGUCGGAGUGGCUUUCUACACGGUCGGUCGUUCUCUCAGCACAGUGUUUAACGUGCUGUUGUCGUACAUCAUCCUGAAACAAACCACAUCACUUCAAGCCAUAAUGUGCUGCGGGGUCAUACUAGGUGGAUUCUGGCUUGGUGUGGACCAGGAAGGCAUGACGGGGACCCUCUCCUGGACAGGCGUCUUUUUCGGGGUGGUGGCCAGCGCAUGUGUCUCUCUGAACGCCAUCUUCACCAAAAAGGUGAUGCCAGCAGUAGACGGAAACAUCUGGAAACUGUCCUACUACAACAACAUUAACGCCUGCGUCCUCUUCCUGCCGCUCAUUCUGUUGUUCGGAGAGUUGGGCAGUCUGGCCAGCUUCAGCCGCUCCUCUGACCUCAAGUUUUGGGGCAUGAUGACGCUCGGAGGAGUGUUUGGUUUCGCUAUCGGCUACGUCACAGGCCUCCAGAUCAAGUUUACCAGUCCACUCACACACAAUGUCUCAGGUACAGCAAAGGCCUGUGCUCAGACUGUCAUUGCGGUGGUGUACAACUCCUCCAGUAAAAGCCUGCUGUGGUGGACCAGCAACAUGCUGGUUCUUGGGGGCUCUUCAGCCUACACUUGGGUCAAAAGUCUAGAAAUGAAGAAGACUCCACAAAGAGUCCCUCCCGACUCAGCGAAGGAAAAACUGCUGCCAGGGGAGAAAGGCAACCUGGGAGUUUAACCAUUUUAAGUAGCCUGUGAAAUAUUUUACUUUUAUACAUAUGACGUGAGAAUAUGAAGUAAUGUAAGCUUCAGAACCUGACUGAUUCAAAUUUGUGGUUGGGUUUAAUAGUUUGUGUUUUUUUAAUGUUUGACUUGAGGCCUGAAGGAUUUUUUAUUUAUAGUUUAUUUAAAGCUGCUCACAUGCAAUUGGGGCCUUUUUACAUUAUUAUGUAUAACACAAUAAUGUAUCUUUUAUGUAGUCUACAAGUGAAGAGGGAACAAAUCAUGUUUUUAUUGGUAGGGAUGGUAUGCUGAUAUUAAGUGUUGGCAUCAUAGCAAAAAGAAACUUUCUUUUAUUUUUUUAUUAUGAUUCUAAAAUCUGUAGUGUAUGUCACUAUCUUGUUUUUUAAGGUUUUUACGGUAUCAUCUGCCUAACAACAUGUCUGCUUUCUUAAAUAAUAACGAAGCCAAGACAAAUUGAUUUAUAAUCUUCUGCGGUUAGGUAACCUAGGUAACCUUACUUAGGUAAUCAUGAACCUUGUUUGAGAGGGACUGACACAAUAGGCCUUUCAUUUCUAGAGAAAACACUCCUUCAGCAUUUCAAACCAUUUCAUGCGCUUCAACAGCAUAUGAUGUUUCUGAGCUGGUCACAUUUUCACCUGUUUACGCAGGUGAUGGCACUAGGUCUAUGAAAAUAUAUUUGCAUUUCAAAACAAAAGUGGGACACAGAGACACGUGACAAAAUAUCUAGUCAAAGGUAACAGGCAGCCAUGUACACACCUUAGUCUUUUCAACUGUCGUUCGCACUUUCUUUGUGACGUACCAGGCACCUCUUUUACCAACCUGAAAAUGCAACUGUCUCUUUUUAAAGCCCAGCUUUUUUCAAAUGACUUUGAAUUGCUGUGACAUUUCAAUUGAACUCCAAGAGCCAGGGAGCCUAUUUCAAAGAAUACAUUAAAGAUGAUGUACAUUUAAACUCU